AUGGGAAGCUUAAACAUCAGUUUGGGAGGAGACUUCAUUUUGGUGGGCUUCUCAGACUGGCCUGAACUAGAAUCCGUCUUCUUUAUUUAUAUUUUAAUUUUCUACUCCAUAAAUCUCCUUGGCACCACCGCCAUCAUCACUGUCUCCAGAUUGCACACACCCAUGUGCUUCUUCCUCUCCUACCUCUCCUUCCUGGACCUCUGCUUCACCACCAACACUGUGCCCCAACUCAUCAUCAGCCUCCAUGGACUUGACAGGACCAUCAGCUAUGGAGGGUGUGUGGCCCAGCUGUUCAUAUCUCUUGCUCUGGACUCCACAGAGAGUGUUCUCCUGGUGGUGAUGGCCUUUGACCGCUAUGCUGCUGUGUGUCGCCCACUGCACUACACGACCAUCAUGUACCCCCUUCUCUGCCAGACAUUGGCCAUUGCUUCCUGGGUAGGAGGCUUCUUGAACUCUCUGAUUCAAACAGGCCUCAUGAUGGCCAUGCCACUCUGUGGAUACCGACUGAAUCACUUCUUCUGUGAGAUGCCUGUGUUUCUCAAGUUGGCCUGUGAGGACACAGGAGGAACAGAGGCCAAGAUGUUUGUGGCCAGAGUGGUGAUUGUUGCAGUGCCUGCCAUGCUCAUUCUAGGCUCCUAUGCACAGAUUGCUAGGGCAGUGCUGAAGGUCCAGUCAGUGGCUGCACGCAGAAAGGCUGCUGGGACUUGUGGCUCCCAGCUCCUGGUGGUGUCUCUGUUCUAUGGCGCAGCCACCUACACGUACUUGCAACCCAAGGACAGCUAUUCUGAGAGCAAGGGGAAGUUUGUGGCCCUUUUUUAUACUAUUGUCACCCCCAUGCUCAACCCUCUGAUCUAUACCCUGAGGAACAAGGAUGUGAAGGGGGCUCUGUGGAAGGUGCUAGGGAGAUCUGCAGCCACAGGGUAG